AGAGCUACAUCUUUCGGCUUACAUCUAUUCGGACCACACUAAACCGAGGUUGUGGGAAAGUACUUCUCUUCCGAGGUUUGUGGUCUGGCGAGAAUUCACGGCGAAAUCGAAUAAAGAAGGAAUGACCAGUUCGGACAAAUAACAGAAAGCAUGUAUGUCUGUAUUAAUCGAGCAAAAUUCCAGAGAAUAAUAAUGAAGAUUAAAGGGAAGCUAACAAACCUUGUAUAGCGCUUUUGGCGUACACACUGUAGCAAAGUAUUUUUAAGUUAGGGGGUGAAGGAAAGGGGAUCUCUGCAAAUUCCCGAACUGAAAUUUUUUUUGGCAAAAAAGUGUUAAGAAGAUGGCUUUGUCCUGCAAAAGCUGGCUUGCAAACGAAUGUGGAAAACAUCUCCUUCUGCUCGUCUGGUUGGCAACAAAUGUAUGGCUAUUUUGGAAAACAUUUGUGUUAUACUACAGUGGUCCGCAAUAUUUUUACCUUCAUAAGAUGCUUGGGCUAGGAUUGUGUGUUAGCAGGGCCUCUGCAUCAGUCCUCAAUCUUAACUGCAGCCUCGUGCUCCUUCCCAUGUGUCGCUGUCUUCUGGCCUUAAUACGAGGAUCCCAAAAGGUAACUGGUAGGAAAGUCAGACGACUGAUGGAUAAGAGUAAGACAUUCCAUGUGGCAUGUGGUUUUGUCAUAUGUAUUUUCUCAGUGGUACAUGUAGUUGCUCAUGUGGGUAACACACUCAGUUUCUCUGUGCGCUACAGUGAGGAAUUGCCUGCUCUGAACAUGGCACGCUACAGAGGGGAAGAUCCUCGAGUUAUUAUAUUUACGACUGUUCCAGGAAUAACUGGUGUCCUUUUGGUAGUGAUCCUUUUUUUGAUGUUUACUGCCUCCUCAUACUGUAUAAGGGUUUCCAGCUAUGAAAUAUUCUGGUACACCCACAACCUUUUCAUUGUCUUCUACAUUCUGCUACUUGUGCAUGUGGCUGGGGGUGUACUGAAAUAUCAGACCAAUGUUGAUGCUCAUCCUCCUGGUUGCUUCAGGCCUAACAAAACCAUCCAGAACCCAAGAUCCAAGAUGAAACCUGCUCCCGACCCCUUUUUUGAUGACUUGCCAGCAUCUUCCAUCACGGAUAACUUUAACAGAAUCUGUAAAGAAGAACCCCAUUUCCAACAUCACUUCCCUGAGACAUGGCUGUGGGUGUCAGGCCCAUUGUGCUUGUACUGUGCCGAAAGACUAUAUCGGUACAUACGAAGCAGUGCACCUGUUACCAUAGUCUCUGUUGUAAGUCACCCCUGUGACGUAAUCGAGGUGCGAAUGGUGAAGAACAAUUUCAGAGCCAGACCUGGACAGUACAUUGUUGUGCACUGUCCAAAUGUGUCAUCCUUUGAAAGUCACCCAUUCACUCUGACAGUGUGUCCAACAGAAAGGAAAGCAACAUUUGGCAUCCACCUUCGGGUUGUCGGAGACUGGACUGCCAGAUUUCAAGAACUGUUGCUUCCAGAAUCUAAUCUAGAUUUGGAGAUUUUGCCCAUAGUGCAGCAAAGAAGGUUCCCUAAGUUGUACAUAGAUGGGCCUUUUGGGAGUCCAUCUGAAGAAGUGUUUAACUAUGAGGUCAGCUUGUGUGUUGCUGGAGGAAUAGGAGUCACUCCUUUUGCUUCGGUGCUCCAAACCCUGCUGGAUGAAUGGCAGCAUUACAAACUGAGAAGGCUGUAUUUUGUCUGGGUCUGCAGGGAGAUACAAUCAUUCUAUUGGUUUGCUGAUCUGCUGUGUGCUUUACAUCAGAAGCUGUGGCAAGAAAACCGGCCUGACUACUUGAACAUUAAGCUUUUUCUCAGCAAAGCGGAGGGGUUGCAGAAUAUCAGGGGGGAGAGGUACAGAGCCCUGAACUCAAGGCUUCUCUUAGGAAGGCCCAGGUGGAAGCUUCUGUUUGAAGAGAUUGGAAAAUAUAAUCAGCAGAAAUGCAUUGGUGUGUUUUGCUGUGGACCUAAAGAAAUUUCUAAAACUUUGCACAAACUCAGUAACGCCAGCAAUGCUUUUGGGACCAUAUUUGAAUACAACAAAGAGUCGUUCAGCUGAAACAAAGCUUUUUUUAAACAUGCCUUUCUUAAACUGAAGUGCAAUGUGGAGAUGGGCAAUAAAAAGCUCUUUAUCUUCAGCUCUGCUAAGAAAAAAAAACAUUGGAGGAUAAGAGGACAGCAACGUCAUUCUGUUAAGAAGAAGACUGGAAUUUUAUACCUUAAAUGGCAAAUUCUGAACAAAACAAUCAUUUAUCAUUAUAACAAAACAUUAUCAUUUUAAUCUCAUCAACUGUAUGCAAAUUAUCAACCACAAUCUGCAUGCACCCUUAUGGGAAAUAUUAAGAUGAAUAAAAGUGGACUUCACAAACACUUUUAUUUUAAAGUGCAAUAAGUAGACUAUUGCUGUUUUUCCAAAACAUGAAAAUCUUUGAAUUUCUUAAAGGUCUAUUUAGUAUAAGAUCUGUGACUCAUUUCCAGGCUUUAAAAAAUUAAAAAUGUUUCUUUUAAAAUAAUUCAUUCAAGUAAAAUACUUAGGAAAAGUAUUCCAUUUGUAGUGUUGGUGUCUACUGUUGACUUAAUUGUUAACUUGAGUUUUUGUUUUUUAUAUUGUCAUAAUAUUGUGAAAGACUUGAUUUCAAAAGCCAUAGAUUUCAUUGUUACAGAAGGAAGAAACUUCUGUUACUAAACCUGGUUCAUAUCGGAAAGGUCAUGUUUCAUGUUCUGUUAUUUAAAAAAAUGAAUAUUAUUAAUUUUAUACUGUUUUUCCCAUAGGAAUGGGCAAAAUAAAUAGUCAAAUGUUUCCAUCAUAUGAUUUUUACCCUUUCUGGUCUGAAUGAUAAAAGCAGGGAAAAGGUACUGGAUACUUCUAUAAAGGUUUUGCAUUUUUCUGGAGGAAUUCUGUAUAAUGAUUGUAGCCUUUCAGAAUUUUGCUUAUAUUUAAUCUUUGAUAAUAUUUGCUAUCGGAUGUUUUUUUGUUUGAACCUUUCUUUACUUUUGUAACAGCAAUUGUGUAGUUUUUUUCUAAUUAUAAAUCUUUAAUGUUGGCAUAAACAGGGCAGUUGCCAUUCAUAAGUUUGCAAGUCAUGCUCCUGUAAUUCACCCAAAAUAUCAGGCAACAUAAUUUGGAAAAUAUUAAAUGACUUUUCUUACAAUGAA